CAUCAGGGCCACAGUCCCGCGACAUCUGUCCUCAGCCUCCAUGGUCAUCCUGCGCGCCGUCUUGGGAUGAUUCCUCCCUCCAUCUUUGGCUGCAUCAACCAGCGCACGCCGUUAUGAGGCUCCAAUCGCCGCGGCGCGUGCCGCUCCUCCUCUUCGCCCUCUUUCUAUACCUUGCCCUUGCGUCUGCCCAAUACCGAUCGCACGACCAGGCGCACGCCAAACAGCAGCCACUCGGACAACGCGCGUCGUCAUUACACCACUGGGGGAAAUCGCAGCAUCAUGAUGAAGUUCGAGGUGCCGUUGGUGCGCAUGCUGUCGAAGAGGCGACUUCCAUCCUGCGCAAAAUCCGCUCCUCUACCAGCCGCCUAUCGCGGCUCAGCAGGCCCACAGGAAUACUUGGGACUGCCACCUACUAUGCCAAAGAGCUCUUCUUCCUCCUGUUCAUGAACGGCCCCCCACAACAGGAUCUCGUCACGUCGAAGCCGCAGGGCAAGAGACUCGGUCAGCCUCUGGCGCAGGCCGUCAUACUUCUCGAGGAAGCUGCGGCGGAGCAGAACCCGGACGCUCUUUUUCUGCUCGCUGAGAUGAACUUCUAUGGCAACUUUACAUAUCCCAGAAACUACUCGGAGGCCUUCGCAAGAUACCACGCGCUCGCCACGCUAAAUGGAAACUCUUCAGCGCAGAACAUGGUUGGAUUUAUGUAUGCGACUGGCAUAGGCAGUGCUGUAAAGCAGGACCAGGCCAAAGCCUUGCUGUAUCAUACGCUGGCAGCAGAAUCAGGAGACAUCCGGUCGGAGAUGACCGUCGCAUACCGCCACCAUAUUGGAAUCGCAACGCCAAGAAACUGCGAGGAAGCUGUCUUCUACUACAAGAAGGUCGCAGACAAAGCAAUCACACAUAUGAGGUCUGGCCCUCCAGGUGGUUUUUCAAUGAUUAAGGAGUCCUACCGAAUUGCAGACGAAGUAGGCGGGGUAUAUGGCGAAGGAGCCAGCGCCAGCAGCUCCGGUCAAUAUGCCAAACUAGGCGGGCCGAGCUCCGACGUCCACGCUUCUGUUGACGAUGUUCUCGAAUACCUGGAUUUGAUGGCUAGGAAGGGAGACCCCAAAGCCACUUACAACCUCGCACGGCUUCACUACGAUGGAUCCAGAGCCUUCAAACGAGACUUCGGCCAGGCUAAGAAACGCUUCCUAGAAUUAGCUAGAAUGUACUGGACAAGAGACGGGAGGACGAAAAGUGAUGUCCCGGGCCACACCGAGAAACUUGCCUCUAAAGCUGCCGGCUACCUCGGUCGCAUGUUCCUUCGCGGUGAAGGCAUCGAUCAAAGUUUUUCCAUCGCUCAGACAUGGUUCAAACGCGGAAUAUCCAAUGGCGAUUCCCUGUCACAGUAUUCUAUGGGCUUGAUGUACCUUAACGGCCUCGGAGUGUCUAAAGAUCCUGUCAAGGCGGCAGACUACUUUGCUGCUGCCGCUGAUCAGGAUCUUGCGGUAGCACAAGUCAGGCUCGGUGCUCUGUUCCUCGACCAGGGCGACAUUCCUGUAGCAAUCAAGUACUUCGAACUCGCAGCGCGGAAUGGCCACAUCGAAGCGUUCUACUACCUAGCCGAACUCAGCCACCAAGGGGUUGAACGCGAGAAGUCCUGUGGCGUUGCAGUAGCGUACUACAAGAUCGUUGCAGAAAAGGCCGAGAUCAUCCUUUCCUCUUUUCAGGAGGCAAAUGAGGCGUAUGAUGACGGAGACCUGGAGACCGCUCUGGUGGAUUACAUGAUGGCAGCGGAGCAAGGCUUCGAGAUUGGCCAGGCAAACGUCGCUUACCUCCUCGAUCAGUCGAAACCCAAAUUCACGGUACAAUUCGCGUCUUUCAUUCCGUUCAUCCGACGAAAGGCGUCUCUAGUUAGCGAUGCUGCACUUGCCCUGAUCUACUGGACCCGGUCUGCGAAGCAGCAAAAUAUUGAUUCCAUGGUCAAGAUGGGAGACUAUUACCUCGAAGGCAUGGGAACUCCUCUUGACCAUGAAAAGGCUGCUGCUUGCUAUUUAGCGGCAGCUGAGACGCUCCAAAGUGCGCAGGCUAUGUGGAACCUAGGCUGGAUGCACGAGAAUGGCAUUGGAAUCGAACAGGACUUCCAUUUGGCGAAAAGGUUCUAUGACCAAGCUCUUGAAACGAACCCGAAAGAGGCAUAUCUUCCCGUGCUUUUAUCACUUUACAAACUGCGAUUACGGAGUUGGUGGAACACGGUCACAAAUGGACGUGUCAACUCCAUCCAAGAUGAGCCAGUUCCGCAAAAGGAGUGGUCUCUUUCAGAGUUCAUCAACAACUUCCUUGAAGCGGACGCCACAGCCUGGGACACUAUGGAACGUGACGACUACGACGCCAGCCACGACCCCAUGCCUGGCGGCGACGACGACUAUUACGAGGACAUUGAGUCAGACUUGAUUGAAAGCGCGAUCAUUCUCGCUCUCACUGCUGCUCUCGCAUUUCUUGUAUAUUAUCGAGCUCAGAGGCAACGGCGGGCUGAGGCGAGGAGACAGCAGCAACAGCAAGCACAGGAGCAAGGCGACCAUGCGCGUCAAGAGCAGGUGAACGACCAGGGCGUGUUUCCUCAACGUAACGAUCCUGAGUUCUUAAAUUGGGCUGCCGGUGGGGUGGGCCAUUGAAUUGAUCAAACUGGCGGUAAUGGCAUGAGGCCUCCUUAUUCAUUCGAAAUCGCAGCAUUAGCAUUUUACUGGCGUUCUUGCUUGGCUUCAUAUGCCGUUGGAUGGUUGACAAAUAUGAAUGUCAAUGAUAUUUCCAGGUUGUUCCACAAAAUCGACCCUUCAGGCUUGCAAUAGAGUUCGAGCUUCUCAUCAAAGCGUAUAUCAGCUAAGAAACUUCAAAAGCUAACCAACACAUUUAAUCUAUAUCUUCCACUUAGCGUUACUUUUUAUAAGGAUUAAGCGUGGUGUACGUAUAACUGCGUAAAAGCUAAUAAAUAAAGUAUAAAGGCAUUUAUAUAAUCCUCUAAGCUUAUAAAGCUUAAUAGUAUUUAGUAGUUUUACGUACUAGGGAUUUAGGC